UUGGCAGGUAGUGAUGGUUAUGAAACGUUGAUUCUGAACAAAUACCCAGCCACCUCUACCACAGCACUAGACAAUAAGAACCAGAUGUGCCAAUAUAGCAGUUUCAUAACAACUUCAUGGCUCCAUAGGCCUACUCGUCGCGUAACAGUGAUACAGACCGUAAGGGGGUGUGGUGUCACGUGGGCCAACAUGAAUGCCUGAAGUUUAACUUGAGUUGCUCAAACAAAUUCGACCAAAGCACACACACACAUUCAGCAACAGUAGUUUCAUACCUGUGCAACGAGAAGACUGGAGGAUGGACGCAGCAUACAAACAAAUUAACAGGAACUAUCCCACACUGGACAAUGGCAAAGAGGUAAGCCUUUUUUAAACAUAACAUCUAUUGUACACAAUAAUAUGAAAUGUGUAAUAAAUAAUAUACAUUUAUGAACGUGUUUAUCGCUAAUAAUAAUAUAAUAGUGAUGAUAACUGAUGUUAUCAUAUUGAAUGAGUAACAUACAUGUAUAAACCUGAUAUUGGCUUAUAGUACUAGAAUGAUGAGAACUGAUGGUUUUCUGAUUAUAUUUAUUUAAUAUAGCCAUAUCAUUAUUAUUGUGCAGUAAAUUCCAUGUCAGGAGAUAGGGAAGGUAACAGGUAUACUUGGCAUUGGACAGACCUUUUAGCACCUGUAAAACUUGCUAUUGUAUAAAGUCACAGUGUCAUUUGGUGAAAGGGUUAUUAGAAUGGCAGCUAUGUUGUUCACUGUGGCUGGAAUAGUCUAGUCAGCGGAAUGGCAACACAGACUAGACUAUUGUAAACGUCUCAUGGUCAUUGUGAAUAAUGUUAAAGGUUAGUGACUAUGAAUCCAUGCAGGAUGCGCGUAAUAAAUACCUGUACAAACAAAAAAAUCUGAUCCAGAAAAGGUGUGCACAGUUUAACAAUCUAUUGCUUGAGAAGUAAUGAUAAGACCUUUACUGUUUGUUAAUUCAUCACAAUAAUGGACUGGAGAAAUUAUAAAGGGAUAGUUAGGCAUAGAAUUCCAGUCCACUUUUGGUUUGAAUAAACAGCGAAGUACAGUUCAAGGAAUUGUGGAUGUCGAUGUAUUUGUGCAGAGUAGAGAUAAAUGGUCGAUUUGGAUGGGAUGGUGUCAGAGGUCAUUACUACAAAGGUCAGACCGUAAAGGUUAAAGGUGUGAAAGCUUUGCGCUUUGAGAGGUAAGUCCUUUGGAAUGCAAAAUAACCUGGGUUCUAUAACCACAGCCCACACACAAACACAUGCACAAAACAUUAUUUUUUAUUGUGAGUGAUACUUUCAUUCAUGGAAUAUAUUAACACAAUCCUAAUGAUAUAAUGCAGAUCUGUUCAACUGUUUGAUUUACCUGCGUUCGUAUAAGGUUUGUGGGUCAGAUUGUGGAGCCUCAGUCAUUAGGGAGUGGGCGACAUGUGUUUGCAGUUCAGCUAAUCAGAGAGUGAAAGAGUGAGAGGACAUAAAGUGAGAGAAAUAGCCGGUGUAGUUGAGGUGAUGCCAAGGGUCACCACGCUACAGAAGGUUCACUUUAGGAGAGCAUAGCCAUGUCAAUCACUCCACUCAGCUUCAAAAACAAUCCGUUGCUACAGCAUAUUAGUUCUUCCCAACACAACCCCCCCCCCCCCCCCCCAAGGCCAGUGAUAUAUCCACUGCACAUAGCUAUCUAGAUGAGAAUGUAAUCCACAGCCCACCAAAUUCAAUGCCCCCUGGAAUGUGUGCAGUGCUAAGGUCUAGCCCUGGGGGUCAUAGGUCAAAUUGCUGUGAAUCUUGUCUUGUAGCAGAGGAGAGGCUCCAUGUACCUGGAGGAAGAGACCAGCACCAAGGCGGGGGUGCUGUCCUGCUUCUUCUCCCUGAAGGAGGAGGUUGGGGCGCUGGCCAAAGCCCUCAGACUGUUUGAGGUAAACCACUCAACAUAACUGUGAAUAUGAAUGUACACAGUACAAACAAUCUUACAUGUGCAGUAAUGUACUGGAGUCACACAUGCAAAGUAAUGUGCAAUCUUUAUUCUGAAAUGCUCUGAUGUGUUUGUCCAAUGAGCCAUUGGUCAAGGACAAAUAAGAAGUCAGCCUGUUAGGAGUGACAAAAACCUGUAAAGCUGAAAUAGCUGUAAAGCUGAAAGCAGUAAUACCUGAAAUAGCUGUAAAAUGUGAAAUAGCUGUGAAAACUAAGAGGUGUAGUAGCUUUCAUAGCUUUAAAAGCUAAAAGCUGAAAUAGUUUCUGUAGGUGAGAAAAAGAGAGAGGGUGGGUAUGAGGCUAUUCUACAAGCACAACAAUAGGCUAUAAGCAAACAAAGUAAACAAUGUGUUUUUAUCCAUUUCAUACCAUGUGUACCAAAUAUGAAUAAAACAGAUGGAAAAAGACAAAUCCAAAUGAUGUACAGUAUUUUCAGAGAGUCAACUCCACAGCUGUGUUCUGGACCAGGAAAACUGCUUAGUCACUCCUUCAGGAGGCCAUUCAUUUUUACAUUUUAGUAAUUCAGCAGAAGCUGUUAUCCAGCGCAAUUUACAGCAGCGAGUGCAUACAUUUUCAUAAUUUUUUUCAUAAUCGAACCCACAACCCUGGCAUUGCAAGCACCAUGCUCUACCAACUGAGCUACACAGGACCAUUUAUCACUAGCAACUUUACGGCGGUAAUGAUCAGAAGACGCAGAGAGGCACUAGAAGAUCAGACAGAAGUUUACUAGCUGCCAUUUGUCAGUCCAAGGGACCAAUUUAAAGAGACAGCCAGGGCUUCACACUGAGCUAGCCACACUGAGUCAGCCAGACUGAGUUAGCCACACUGAGUCAGCCACACUGAGUUAGCCACACUGAGUCAGCCACACUGAGUCAGCCACACUGAGUUAGCCACACUGAGUUAGCCAGACUGAGUCAGCCACACAGAGUUAGCCAGACUGAGUUAGCCAGACUGAGUUAGCCACACUGAGUCAGCCAGACUGAGUCAGCCACACUGAGUUAGUCAGACCUUCCCUCUCUUCCCCUCUUUUCCCUCCAUGGAAAAAUUUACAAGGUACGUAACCAAACACAUUUCAUAAGACAGCAUGUUACCAGUUAGCUCCAGAUGUUCGAGGUUACUGACCAUCCUCCUGCAUCCUGGUACCUGCCUCAGUGAAGGACAUGUGCCUGGCUGGCUACAGUCCAUAAGUCCCGCCAGUAGGGGUAUUUCAUACCCUAGGGCCUGCUGAAUUGGAAUGUGUACAGCUCUGUGUCUGAUUUGAACAGGCUCUCUCAUACAUAUAGAACAGUUUGUUCAAUCUCUAGGCAGGCUCCUGCAACAGAGGCCAAGGUAAUGGGAAAUAAUGCUCCACCAUUGGAUACUACCAGUAAAGGUACUGUAGGGUAACUACUACAACCCCAAGUAUGAAUUAUGGACAUUUCCCUGGGGCUCCUAAGAUACUUUUUUGAGAAUUGACAGAAUUGACAUUAACAUUUAACUAGCCAAACGUUAGUGGAGAGUUUCCAGCAGGGUGUGAAGGUGUUAGAGGCCUACCGCAGGGUUUUACAUAAUGUAUAAUUAAAGGCUUGAGGUUGGUACGGUAUGUUCCCUCUACCUCUGGGCAAAAAUGGACAAAAUGUUUGUCAAUAUUGUUUCCAUGUUAUUUCAGCAUCAAAGUAAUCACAUUGCAUCAUUGUGGAUAGCUGUCAUAACACAUACAUGUUGAACAUUUUUGAGUCAUUUUAAUCCAAGACCUUUCAACCAGGGUUCAAGGUUUGGUUUAUUUUAAAUAUUUUGAGUUUGUUGACAACUCAAUCAAAUAUUAACCAAAAUGUGGUUGUUGAUCUGACGUCUUUGUCCAAUGUGUUGGUUGCCCAAUAUAUUAGUAGCCAACGUUAUUAAUAUAGGUUACUGAAUUUAGAGUUGAGGGGAUGUAAGCCCUAUUCUUUAAACUGUGUAGAUUUAUGGCUCUAUGGUAACUGUUAGAGUGUGAUGACAUCUUUAUCUUAGAUAUCUACGGGAGCAGUUGUGUACACAGUCUUUCCAGGCCGCUCUUUGAUCCACAACGCAGGCUGAGGUUUCUGCUUUUGAAAUAGUCAAACAUUGGAUUGGAAGACACCCAUCAGGCCCCAAUAUGGUCACCAGUUACGGCUACAGCAUUCAUUUAACCAUGUUGUGUUGUGCCACCAGCAACAGUUGACCCCGUCUAAAGGAACAUCCUUUUUUUAUUUUGUGUUGACUUAAGUGACUAUGUACUUCACGGCAUGCAGUCAGGGCUGUUUGGCAGCACAUUCAUUGUUUAACCUUCGACGAAGAAGUGCUAUCAAAGUUUGAUGUCCUAGUAGUCAAAACAGAAUUGGAUUUUCUUGUGCCUCACUUGUAGGGGAGAGUGGGGUAAGUUGAGUCAGAGGGUUAGUUGAGCCACCCCUUGUUUCUAAGAAACCAUACACAAAAUUAAUCAUGUGACCAAAUAUUUAGGAAGAGGUCAUCAUUUCAUGGAGUCUGUGAAGGAAGAAACCACAUGGAAAAAGUGGUAAGCAAGUUAGGUCCAAAAAACAGAUUUUCACAAAUUAAUUUAGUGUGUUAUAUGUUUCAUGAUGCAUGUAUCUAAACCAAAGUAGAUGGUUUUAUACAUAAGUUGGGGUCUCUAUAAGCUUCAAUAUGAGGUUAUAAAUGUAGCAUGAAAGAGCAUUAUUGUAGCUGUGUUGGCUAAUAUAGUCAAAAUGUUUGCCUUGGAGUAAGUUGAGCCAAUGGCCACCAUACUCCAUACAAAUUAUGAUUACAUUUGGUCAGUUUUAUGCAUAAUAUGCAUAGUAUGUCUGCAAUGUGUCAUGCAUAUGAACUCAAGAUAUUGCAUUUGUAUUGUUACAGAGCAGACAUCAUCAUGCCCCAUGUAUACAAAUGUAAAACAAGCAGGGGUCUAGCCCCCUUGAGUUUCUUGAGAGAGCAGCCAAGGAAGUGAGAGAGGGGAAGAAGUCCAUUUCAUCAGCAGCAAUGGAUGAAAAAAUUGACAGAAUGACACUGAAGAGGUACAUUGACAAAAAGAAAACUAACAUGUACCUGUGCGAAAGAGAGGCAAUGACAGAGUAGCAGAGGCACACAAGGUCUUAUCUGAUGACAUGGAGGCUUAGCUUGCUAAACAUAUCAUGAAUUUUCGCAGACCAGUUUCAUGGGCUUAGUAGCCUCAAAAGAACUUGCCAACGAAUUGGCACAUCGAAACAACAUCCCUGUCCCAGACAACUGGUCAUGAAAUGGAAGGGUUAGUGAUAUUGAACAGAGAGAUCUACAGUGCCUUCGGAAAGUAUUCGGACCCCUUGACUUUUUCCACAUUUUGUUACAUUACAGCCUUAUUCUAAAAUGGAUUAAAUAAAUGUCCUCAGCAAUCUACACACAAUACCCUAUAAUGACAAAGUGAAAACAGGUUUUUAUAAAUACAGGUUUAAAAAAACAGAAAUACCUUAUUUACAUAAGUAUUCAGACCCUUUGCUAUGAGACUCGAUAUUGAGCUCAGGUGCAUCCUGUUUCCAUUGAUCAUCCUUGAGAUGUUUCUACAACUUGAUUGGAGACCACCUGUGGUAAAUUCAAUUGAUUGGACAUGAUUUGGAAAGGCACACACCUGUCUAUGUAAGGUCCCACAGUUGACAGUGCAUGUCAGAGCAAAAACCAAGCCAUGAGGUCGAAGAAAUUGUCCGUAGAGCUCCAAGACAGGAUUGUGUCGAGGCACAGAUCUGGGGAAGGGUACCAAAAAAUGUCUGCAGCAUUGAAGGUCCCCAAGAACACAGUGGCCUCAAUCAUUCUUAAAUGGAAGAAGUUUGGAGCUGGCCGCCUGGCCAAACUGAGCAAUCGGGAGAGAAGGGCCUUGGUCAGGGAGGUGACCAAGAACCCGAUGGACACUCUGACAGAGAUCUAGAGUUCCUCUGUGGAGAUGGGAGAACCUUCCAGAAGGACAACCAUCUCUGCAGCACUCCACCACUCAGGCCUUUAUGUUAAAGUGGCCAGACGGAAGCCACUCCUCAGUAAAUGGCACAUGAAAGCCCGCUUGGAGUUUGCCAAAAGGCACCUAAAGACUGUCAGACCAUGAGAAACAAGAUUCUAUGGUCUGAUGAAACCAAGAUUGAACUCUUUGGCCUGAAUGCCAAGCGUCAAGUCUGGAGGAAACCUGGCACCAUCCCUACGGUGAAGCAUGGUGGUGGCAGCAUCAUGCUGUGGGGAUGUUUUUCAGCGACAGGGACUGGGAGACUAGUCAGGAUCGAGGCAAAGAUGAACGGAGCAAAGUACAGCAAGAUCAUUGAUGAAAACCUCCUCCAGAGCGCUCAGGACCUCAGACUGGGGCGAAGGUUCACCUAACAGCACAACGACCCUAAGCACACAGCCAAGACAACGCAGGAGUGGCUUCGGGACUUUUCUCUGAAUGUCCUUAAGUGGCCCAGCAAGAGCCCGGACUUGAACCCGAUCUAACGUCUCUGGAGAGACCUGAAAAUAGCUGUGCAGAGACGCUCCCCAUCCAACCUGACAGAGCUUGAGAGGAUCUGCAGAGAAGAAUGGGAGAAACUCCCCAAAUACAGGUGUUCCAAGCUUGUAGCGUCAUACCCAAGAAGACUCGAGGCUGUAAUCGCUGCCAAAGGUGCUUCAACAAAUUACUGAGUAAAGGGUCUGAAUACUUAUGUAAAUAUGACAUUAACUUAUUUAUUUUUAUAAAUUAGCAAAAAUGUCUAACAACCUGUUUUUGCUUUGUUUUUGUCAUUAUGGGGUAUUGUGUGUAAAAUUAUGAGGAAAAAAUACAAUUUAAUCAAUUUUAGAAUAAGGCUGUAACCUAACAAAAUGUGGAAAAAGUCAAGGGGUCUGAAUACUUUCCGAAGGCACUGUAUAUCUGAACGUAGGCAUGAAUUUAAGAUAUACAAUAUACCACACCCCCAUUCCAUUCAUUCAGCUUUGACCUACCAUCACCAUCACUCACUGUUACAGGACACCAUCACCCACUUACCCCAAGGUGGCUCAACUUACCCUGUCCCUAUACUCAACUUACCCGGGGUAAGUUGUGCCAGGAGACCACUUUUUUUGGGCAAGCUAUGUUUUCAAAACUGUUAUGAAUUCUUAUUAUUUCCAGGGAUACACACCAUCCUGAAACAUAUGAAGAUAUCUUUGUAAGAAAUAAUACUAUAUUUCCCUUAACGUAGUGAUGCUAAAUGUUAAAAAUGGCUAAACUUACCCCACUCUCCCCUACUUGUAAAAGCCAGAUUCAAAAUGGAGUAAAACACAAAGUAGAGAUGUGUGGGUGCGUGUCACAGAUCAAUAAGUAUCUUCCACGUACUGUGCUCCAAAUGCAGUUGUAAACAUGAGAAGCUCCUCUGGACCUAUGAGCUCCCAUUCCCCAGAUCCACCCCCUACUCCACCCCCAUCUCUCUGUAAAACCUCAAACCUCACCACCAUCAGACCCAGUUUUAGUCUGAACACUUCCCAUCUUUUCUAUAAAAACAGGCCACGUCAACCUGAAAACCAUCAACACAGCCCUCCCUCUCCCCAGGACUGACCAGACUCCACUGUACUCAGCAACAUCAGUUGGCACCCCCCUCUAGUGUACCUCUCAUAGUCAUCAGUGAGAGGAUAGGAUCAUAUGGAUGGUUUAGGAAUACAAUGUUUCCAUAUGGGUUUAUUAAUGUAUGUGGAGUGAAACAUCGAAAGGCAUCAAAGUAGAAACCAUCAUAAUUUGAAUGAGAAAUUGAAAAUGACAGCUCUGUAGGAAGAACCGAAUACAAAGGGAACUUUUACAUUGACUCCAUAUAUCCAUAUCAUCAGCUGCAUUAUCAACAUCAUUUAUACCCAUGUACAUUUACAGUAUUCAUUUGGAGUCAAGAAGUCCUCCUAUGCAGUUCCAAUCCCCAGCUACUAACUCACUGUUUAUUCCUCUGAAACUCCAGCCCAUGUGAUGUGGGUUGGAUGUCAUGUGAGGAGUCAAUUCCUAGCAUCAGUAAGCUUGUCAUGACCGGACCAAGGCCUUACCGCAGCCAGGGCACGGGUAGGGUUAAUGUCACUCACGCGAGGCCUUGUGGUAGACAUUCAUUCCACUUCAAAAGUCACCAGGAGCAUAGCGACAUCUCUGGGAAGUACACAAAUCUACCCAAACAGGCCCUGGGUCCAUAUUAACUUGGGGGGGGGGGGGGGCAUAUUUGGCCCAAGAUAAGCCUGGCCAGGCUCCCUGUAAGAUUAAUAUUAGAAUAACAAUGCAGUACCGAUCUCCUGUCAACAACAAAGUAUACACUAAACUAUCUGUCUAAACUAAACAGACAGAGACCUAACAAACAGGGCAAACAAACUCUCUGACACCACAAGGAGUCAAUAAUGGCACAUCAUUAGAUGGAAAGUAUGCAGAGCCAUGGGGGGAGAGGGGUGUGGAGCGUUGUUUUGUAACUAAGUGCUGUUGGAUGUUAAAACAACAGCAGAUCCAUGUGGUCUCCAUAGAGCCCCAGUCUGGAGAAUGGGAUCCAGAUGGAGAUGGAGCGUGAGGGGGAAUGGGACUGUGUGCCGCCCGGCCCCACCUCUCUACUGGGCCUAUGGCAGUAA